AAAAAGGAACACGUGCGCACAACCAAAAGCCUCCUGAAACCAGAGCUCUGAGAGAGCCGUACUCCGAGAAACAGAGAGAGAUACGGGGCUUCAAAGCCCUCAUCUAUGGCAGACGAAGAUGACGACGAGGGCUUCGGAGAGUUCAGGUUCGCGCCGACGUUCCCUAAUCAAAAUACUGCCACUGUCGUCGAUCCGAAUCCGAAGAUCAACGGUCGUGAUUCCUCCUUCUCCGACGAUGACUGGGGUGAUUUCAUCACCCCACAAGCCAAUCAGAUCACUGUUGGAUUCGAGCUUCCCAAUGGAUUCUCACACUCCCAACCGCCUCUCAACCAUUUCCAGAACCAAAAACCCUUAGACCCUCUUGGGAAUUCUGUACAUAAUGAAUCGUUGAUGAGUCGGGUUCCGUCUUCGGGUCGAGCUGAUUCGGAUAAGUCUCAAUGGGUGAAACUUCAGGGGGCUCUGCCGCUCUCUUUGUUUGGGGAGGAGGAGAAGGAGGAGAAAUCUGGUGCCAAUGAGGCUGUUUUCUUUCAUGAGAAAGAUGGUUCUACGGAAAAGGAUUCGAAUUUAAAUGUAGGAGAUGGGAUUAAAGACUUAAUCGCUAAUUUGUAUAAUCAGAGCCCGCAGAUCAAGCCUCAAAAGGGGCCGACUCAGGAAUUGAAUAUGAAUGGAGGGAGUUCGAGUUCCAAUUCAAAUGGAUCCAGUAUUAACUUCGAUGGCUUAGUUUCAAAUGCAAAUGGGUUUGAUUCCAGUCCGCCUAAUACGAAUACUGUUACAAAUCGAUUUGAUUCAACUAUUAAUGGCGUCAAAUCGAAUUCAAAUGGGUUGAAUUCGAAUUCUACUGUGCUUGAUUCCUACUUUCAUGGUGUAAAUUCUAAUACAAAUGGGUUGGAGUCGAAACUUGAUGGUAUGAACCCGGAUUCAAAUAAAUUGGAUUCCCAUUUUGUAGAACAAAGUGAAGAUCGUGAUGAUGAUGGCUGGGAAUUUAAAGGCGCAGAAGCGGAGAAACAGGUUGAUGGAAGAGGGACUAAACAUGUUAAAGAAGCUGGGCAGACAUAUGGUCCUAUUGAUCUUACCAUUCCACCAGGCACUUUUCAAGGAACCGGUGAAUGGAACUUUGCAUUUGACUUCAAACCAAGUUCUUUUGCUCAAGAUGAUCUUUUCUCGGAUUCAUACUUUAAAAGCAAGAAUAAUGAUACUGAUACUGGAUCAAAUAUCUCUGAAAUUGUUAAAAAUGUUGAUUCUAAUGUAAACUUUUGGCACUUUAAGGAUGCAUUUUCGGAAGCUCAAGUAAAGCCAUCGACAGAAGCAAAGGUUGCUUCUCCUACUGCUCCAGUGGGACACACAAUGGAUGGUGAUGGUGCUCCUGUUCCUAAUGAUUUUUUUGCUGCUUCUGAGGGCGUGUUCAAUGAAUCUGGGGAUUGGAACUUUGCGAUUACUUUCAACCCAAGUCCUGUGACUGAAGAUGGUAUCAUCUCAGGUCCAAAUUCCAGUGGAAAGAAACAAGAUAAUGCUGGAAUAACUUCUUCUCCAGGUGAUGAGCAUGAUGAGUCUGAUGACAGUUUUUGGGAAUUUAAGGAUGCAUUUGCAGAAACUGAAACAAAGCAUGAGGGAGAAUCGGUGAUUGCUCAUGGUCCUGCAGCCAAUGUUAUUUCACCUGCAUUUGACAGUGAAAUUCAGUGGCAUAAUGUAAAAUUAGACAAUAAUCGGGAAGCGUUGCCCCUAUCCAUUUUUGGCGAUGAAGAACUGGAAAUGGAUGAUUCCUCAAUCCAUCAAGAUGUUUUUCCUCAUAAACCAGCAUUAAAGCCAACAAAUAGCGUCAAUUCUGUUGGUUCUGGUCUAUCUAUUAAUGACCUUAUAUCAAGUUUAUACAAUCAAGUUGAGCAGACUACUUCUGAGAAUCAUACACCAAAAGUAAAUGAAAAUGCUAUGUAUUCUGCCACUAGAGCAGGGGAGCCUGAUUUUGUUAAUGAUGAUGAUGAUUUUGAUGAUGAUUCCUGGGAAUUUAAGGAUGCCUCGGCAAAUAUUAAAGCUCAGGGCCGAACUUUCAUAACCCAUGUUCAAGAUUCACCGUGUACUAAAUUACAGUUAAAUGAUUGUGUGGAGUUCUAUCACAAGUUGAAGGAUGAAUCGUGCUUUGUUUCACUGUGCCAUCUUGAAAAUUUAAAGAAAGCUCAACAUGGUGCUAUUCUUUCUGGGGAAGAUGCAAAAGCAAAAGCUCUUGGUGAGGAAUACCAGAAUAUCUAUAAUCAACUUUGCCAAGGUAAUAUGAUCUCCAAAGAAUUGCAGUUGGAGAAUCUUUCAUCAAGAAAUUCAUGCCUCGGUGAACUUCUUGAAGUUCUACAGGAACCAAAGUUCAGAGUUCUUGAGUCAGAAUUUCAAUUGUCAAGUCAAAUUUUAUUGGCUGAGAAAGAUUUGAGAUCUGCAGUUGAACUUUCAAAUCAUGCAUCAUCGGCACUAAGGAUUCUUAAAUUGGCAUCUAUGGAGGAGCAAUCUAAUUAUGUUUCAACAUGGUCUAAAAUAGUCUCUGUUUGUGCUCAAGAGCUGAAACAUGGUGCCUCUAUUUGGAAGCAGUCAUUGCAAAAGAAUGUUCGUAGUCAAAUACUAUCUGAACCUAAAGGCAGGCAAUAUUUCCAUGCCCUUGGCGAAAUUUUUAGAGUAGUUGAAGUUCUUGGAGCCUCUGCCAAACUUUACAAGCCAUGGGUUUUAUUAGGUUCUGCAGAUCCCACUGUCUUGUUUUCUCUUCUAAAUGAGUGUACCAUGCUGUGGUCAAGUUCUGGACUUGAUGUAGCUCUCCAGAAUAUUUCUGAACCAAUUGAUUCUGAGCAUGAUAGAACCGUGAAGGCAUUACUGGAUUCUUUAAAUUAUAUACAGGAUCUUGAUGCACAAGCACUUCAAAGCCAUGUUUUUUCAGAAAAACAACCUACAUGUCGAUUGUCAAUGUUAACCGCUGGAACCAUACCAGGCAUAAAAAUGGUGGUUUGGAAUCAGGAGAACUACUUAUUAACUCUUGCAAACUUUUGGGCAAAUCGAAUUAGUUCAAAUCCUCCAGAUUUGCCACAUUUAAAUGUUAGCUAAUGCGAAAAUCAUGGCAAAAGGAGUUUGAAAAUGUCUUCGGAAGCUCUUUUGGUUGGAUUGCCAUAAAUAUCCUUUUGUUUCCACGGGAGUAAAGCUUGGACACAAACUACGGUUUGCCCAUUCCUGAGGAUUGCAACAAGUGGGAAAGUUAAAAAUGCAAUGGUUCUAGGAUCAUAAUCAGGCUGCAAGUCAACAAUUGAAAGUUUUAGAGCCCCUCCAUCUCCACUCUGGCAUUCAGGUUGAUUCUACAAGUAUUGGACCUCUCCCUUCUUUUCAGAUUGCCAUUCUUUUUGUGGAAGCUGUAGCAUAGCAAUUUGUUGUAGGAAUGUUGUAUCAUUCUGAUAUUUAGUUUUAUGUGUUUUUUUUUUUUUUUUUUUUUUUUUUUUUUGAUUUUUUAUUUUUUUCACUGGGUGAAUAAGAAGGCACCCAUAUACCUAGAAAACAGAAUUGUGAGACAUUGAAGGCAAAAUACUUCAUCCCACACUCAUAAUCCUUUCCUCCCAUUUCCUAUGAUGUAUUUCCAAGUUCAAAGGGUGUAAAGGCAAAUAGUUAGAUUUUAGGUUCUGCGAAACCGAGUCUGAAAUGAUUGGUUGAUAUACAAUAUGGAUUUAAAUACAAAAUGUAUAAGAAUUUCUGUUGCAUGAA